AUGGCCAUGGCACCGAGAGCGUUGCUCUUCCUGGCCGUCGGGCUCAUGGUCGUGGCCUCGGCGAGCGCCCACGGCGGCUACUACGGGUCGUGCCCCAGGGACAUGCUGAAGGUGAAGGCGUGCGUGAACGUGCUGGGCCUGCUCAAGGUCAAUGUCAACCAGCCGCGCGACGAGCACUGCUGCUCGCUCCUCGACGGGCUCGCCGGCCUGGACGCGGCGCUCUGCCUCUGA